AUGGCUGAUACACAGAAAACCCAUCUGAACGGCAGUGGCCUUCACUACUCCAGCAGCAACAACUGCAAGGAUAUCUCUGCGCCGCCAGUCGACGAGGAAACGCUAUCUCGCCUGGAAAGCCUUAUGAACGAAUUCUUCUACCCAAACACGAGCAAUGAACGUAAACGACAGAUCGAGUCGAUCCUUUCUGAGUUUAGUUCAAUGCCAAACUCAUGGCAGGCAUCGUUUCUGUACUUUGAGCUCUCAAGCAAUGAGUACACCCAAAUGUUCUGCCUAACUGUGAUCGAGACCUUCAUCAACCAACGCUGGCACACGGUGCCUAGUGACAUGCGAGCCACAUUUCGAAAUUCACUUUGGAAUCAUCUCAUGGAACACCAAGCUCAGAUGACCAAUCCAAUUCGGAAUAAGUUUUGCAAGAUAAUGGUUUCUAUUGCGCGCUUCGAUUGGCCUUACGCUUAUGCUGACUACAUGACUAAUGUCCUCGAACUGCUCACGCCAGAAAACGUUCACAACAUUGCACAUUCCUCUACCCAUAGCCUCAUUCUGCUUAGUCUUAAUCUGCUCGGCAUGACCGUCGAAGAGCUUACCUCUCCCUCCUGCAACAACCACUUUUCUUCGAACCGCCAAGUGGAGCUGAUCAAACUAGUAGAGUCCAAUUUACCCGCCAUGUUGCACUCACUCACUGCACUUCUCGAGGUGAUCAUUUCUAAGCAAAUAAACUUCAUUUCCGCCACUCCUCCGCCUUCACCUACCAGUAGUCCGUCUAGUACGUUUGGAAAUCUCAACAAAGGUAUGCCUAUUCAAGAUUAA